AUGUGUAGUGAAUAUCCUAGGUUCCAAGAUAGGCAGGAAUCAUAUAUGCAGAACAAUAUAAUACAAAAUUAUAAUGAAAGACAAGAAGUUUAUAGUAUAAGUCUUAGAAGAUCCAAAAGAGAAGAAUUUGCUUACAAAAGACGCCAAACUUCGACAAAUGAAAACACAGAGGUCCCUUUUAUAAUUACCGGGAUGGUGGUGUGUCUUCCUCGCAUAGUGAAAAUCCAGGAGCAAUUAAAAGAAAAUUGUUCAGAUGGGAUAAAGAAAAAAGCUUUAGAAAUGUUUAAAGCUAUCAUUAUGAACCCAGAAAUUGGGAAAGAAAUUAUAAAGUAUUCAAUUGAAAAUGGCUUAGUUUUGGAUAUUUUGGGGUUUGUGAAUAGUUCGUUUACUGAAAAACUUGUAGCUGAAGCUGUGAGUUGUUUAUCAGUUAUUUGUUAUUCAGGAAAUGAAUUUAUUGAGUAUUUAAAAAGAAAUGAUGCGAUUGCAAAGUUAAUUGGUAUUAUAGAUUAUUCACGAGAGCUGGCUACAGAGCAAGCAUUAUAUGCUUUAGGAAAUAUCUCAGGUGAAGCAGACUAUUAUAGAGAUAUUUUAAUUAGUCUUGAUUUCUUAUCAAUUGUUCUUAACUUGAUAGAAAAAUGCCAAAAUAAUCCGCAAUCAACUCUACUAGAAGUUUCAUUAUGGAAUUUAGGAAAUUUAGUAAGGUGAAGACCUAUACCAUUUGAGCUUGGAAAACAGACUGCAUCAAUAGCAAAAAAAUUUUUUUUUAGCCCUUCAGAAAAAGUUGUAGCAGAAGCCUUACGAAUUUUCUUAUCUUUAUCUAACGGAAGUGACGAAUUAAUCUCUGAAAUUUUCCCAUUAAAUGUAAUUGAAGACAUUAUGAACUAUUUAAAUUCCCCAAUUGAAGACAUCCAUUUUCUAGCAGUAAAAAUCAUAGGAAACUUAGCUACAGGUGAUGACGGUCAAGUACAAAAACUCCUUGAUUUAGGACUAUUAGGACGACUAUUAAAUUUAUCAUUUAUAGCGUCCCCAAACACAAAGCAAAACAUCAUGUGAAUCUUAGGAAAUAUUACAUGUGGAUCUCAUUUACAACGGCAGCAAGUUCUUGACCAUACAAUUUUUAAUUUUAUUAUGCAAGGAAUCAUAGACCCAUCUCAAAAAGUCAGGCUAGAAGCAAGCUUUGCAAUUAAUCAUAUAGUCCAUAAUGGAAAUGACGAACAAGCCCUAGCUGUAAUUGACCGAGGAUUUUUCCGAUAUGUAAAAGAUGCUUUAAGGUUCAAUGACCCUGAUUUUUUGUAUAAUAUAAUUGAAUUUUGCCAAGGCGCUUUAGGUGCUGGAGACGACAGAGCUGAAGAUUUAGGAACAAAAAAUAUGACUGCAGUAGAGUUUAAUGAAACUGGAUGCUUAGACGUAUUGGAAAAACUGCAAGAUCACAACAAUGGAGACAUUUACAAAAAAGUCGUAUUUAUUAUUACAACUUAUUUUGGGAUUGCAGAAAACGUUCCUCCAUUAGAUAUGGGGCCAGGUGUUGCGUUUUCAUAA